AAUUUUAAUCCAACGUUCUUCUCGCCAUCCACAAGGAGGUCGACCAUGAGGAAGGAGAGGGUCAUUGGGAAAGUCCUCCUUUCUUACUUUCAGCAAAGGGAGAAUGAGCCAAUCAUUCCACCACCAUUGUCACCAAUACUUGGGGAGCAAUCUUUUGUCAAUCCUACCUUCAACAAUGAUAGUGAAUCUGGAGAUGAUGUUGCUCAAUCUGGCGAUUCCCUUAUGAAAGCUGUGUCAGAACAGAUUAGCAUCAUGAGGCGCACACAGUUGGAAUCUGAAGCAAGAGCUCAACAAAGAAGCCAAAAGUUGCCUCCCCAGAUUCAGCGGGCAGCAGGCGGACCAGUGCAACCAGAUCCUGUUGAGGCAGCACCAUGUGCAGCAGAUCUGGAAAAUCACCAGCAACCCAGAUAUCUGCCACCUCCGUGCCGACAGAAUGGAGGACAUCAACAACAUAAUGCACCUCCACUAAGGGAGCAUUUUCAACCUUAUGUGCCACCCAUGCAACAGAAUCUUCAAGGUCUGCUAGGACAGUACAUCAAUUGUGAUCAAAUCAUCGACAUGGUGUAUGAGGCUUAUGAUCUAGUUCUAGAAUUCACUCUAUUUUCUGGAGAUGGUGGGUAUUCUACAAUUGAACACAUAGGUCGCUUCACAAUUCAGUGUGGUGAAGCCUCCGGUGAUGAUAAUCUGAAGCUUAGACUUUUUCCCAGCUCAUUAACUAGCACAACUCUCACUUGGUAUCUGAGUCUGCCACAGAAUUCAAUUUAUACUUGGAGGCAGAUGGAAGAUCUUUUCCAUAUCCAGUUUUACCGCAGUGAGUUAGAAGUGUCCAUGGCCGAUUUAUCUCGUCUAGUGCAGCGACCUGGAGAAACAUUUGAGGCCAUUCUUGCUAUAUUUUGGGAGACCAGACUUAAGUGCAGAGUUGCCUUGCUAGAACAAGAAUUUGUCAAGUUGGUACAAAAUGGUCUGGACAUUGAGUUAAGGAAAAAGUUUGAGGAAAUGGAGUUUCGUGAUUUCUUUGAGUUGUCUUACAAGGUGGCUCGUUAUGAAAAUUUAUUGCGAGAAGACACACAAAGAAAAUCUGCAUCUCAUGGGACUUAUUAUGGUGAUGCUAACUUUGAUCUGGACGUGACAGAAGUGGUGGUAGACAAGCCAGUUGUUUGCCCAGAUCUAAUUAAAGUGGUCCAGCAUACCGACAAAACAAUAAAACGUUAUGUCAGAGAGGCUGGAAAAUAAUACACCUUUGACAUUUCAAAGACUAAUAAAAUCUUUGACCACCU